AAUACAUACGGCGAGAAAAGUGACGCCGCUUCACUUUCCUUCGGAAAUCUGUAAAAGAAACUUCUCAAGAGUCGAGUUUUUAGAAGCAGAAGAGAGGUUUCUCUACCGCUACAGCGUCCCGACCAGGUUACUUACUGGAGAAUAAUGUCGUGGAGAGGAAAGAGAAAAGACGAAGGUGUCAGAGCAUCAGAUGACGAAUCUGAAUCCCACGCUCCGGCUAAGAAAAUCGCAAAGCCAACCGAAUCUUCCGACGAGUCUGACGACAUCGUCGUCUGCAAUAUAUCUAAGAAUAGGAGGGUUUCUGUGAGGAAUUGGAACGGUAAAAUUUGGAUUGACAUACGUGAGUUCUAUGUCAAGGACGGUAAAACUUUGCCUGGCAAGAAAGGUAUCUCUCUAACCGUGGAUCAGUGGAACACUCUUCGGAACCACGCAGAGGGUAUUGACAAGGCUCUCGCUGACCUUUCUUAGUUUUUCUAAAACUUGUUUUUGCUUCAUCGAUAGUAAAGUCUAGUUUAAGAUCACUCCCAAGUGUUUUUGUUUUUCUGGAUCUACUUUAAGCCUCUUGACAUAACACUAUGUUCUGCUGCAAAAUUAUGAUUACUCUUUGUUUUAUGUUGAAAUUAUAACUCAAGAUACAUUGCAGGAACUUAAAAAU